AUGGAAAAAAAAGAAAGGAAGUGGUUUGUGGACAACAAUGUGACCGUUUUGGACUGGCCUAGCUACAGCCCGGACUCAAAUCCUAUAGAAAAUGUGUGGGGACUCAUGAAGGAGUCAGUGAACCAAAAGGGAUUGACAAAAGUUGAUGACAUGAAGCGCGAGGUGGGGCGAUAUUGGGACUCUCUCACCCACGAGACUCUAACCUCUCUCAUAGGAAUGGCUGGGUCUAUUGCAGAAUGUCCUUCUGGUUUUUUACGCCAUGAUGACUCCUGUUAUGCACUUAUUCUCAUCAAAGCAAGCUGGGCAGAGGCUGCCGUGUAUUGUCAAGCCGUCGGUGCCCAUCUGGCGUAUGUGGAAACAGCGUCAGAACAGACGUUCCUUGAGGGGUUCCUGCACACAUCAUCGUCAAGUCUGAGUACCGGGUACGUGUGGUUGGGGGCCCUGGACUAUCUCGUGAAGGGGGACUGGCAGCGAGGAUUCGAGGGAGGCAAAGUUGGGCAGAAAUGGUGGUCAGCGGGGUCGCCAUCGUACACAACCAAAAAUGGCGAAAGCCAAGCUUGUCUGACAAUGACGAGAAGUCUCGGCUUCAAGUGGAAUGAUGAUUUCUGUGAUGUUCGUCACAAUUUCGUCUGUGAAAUAGAGGCUGCUGGAUCUGAAAGUCUUGUCGGAUAA